AUGUCUUGGCACGUUCCCUGUGAACCGUACCGACGGGAACCCAGCUCACGCUCUGUUCGGGUAUACCCCAUUCAAAAAAACUGCCCUGCAGUGCAGAACGUGCAGCGCUGGACGUGUUGGGGUGGCUGGUGGCUACCGACGUCGUUCGCGGGUCCGACGAGUCUGCAACCGCUCUGGGAGCCGUGCCUUGCAUAUCCGCUGUCGUGGCGGGGGAGUUUCGCAGUUGCUUGUGGAGCACCGAGCCAGCUCCAGAGCCGAGUUCGUUUGCCGCCGCUGUCCGCAUACUUUCCCCCGCACCCUGAUAGGUAUAUCCCUGAUAAUACGAUUGCGCUCGAUCACCAGGAAUGCACGACGGACGAGCCGGAUGUGCAGUCCGCAACCAGCACCGACACUGUGGUUCCGCUGGAAACCCUCGAAUGGCCACAGACAACCGCUUCGACAGCGGCAACGACGACGGUUACAAAGUCGCCGUUGUGCAUCCCAGGGCGGGAUGCUACCGCGGACGACAGCCGCAGCGAUGCACAUUGCGUUCGUGGACACGACGCGCGCUCUGACGGCCGUCAGUGCUACCACUGUGGUGUUUCCAAGUCACCGAACUGGUAUUUAAUGGAGAACGAUCGUACGCGAAGGUUGUGCAAUGCCUGCGGCAAGUACUGGAAACGCACCGGGGCUCAGAGGCCAGCGCAUCUGGUUCAGUGCAGUCAGCGGAUCCCGCGGCGACGUGGGCGUGCACCGACCAGCGUUCGCGAGCGUCAAAUUCGGGGCGCUCUGGGAAGUGCCCCGCGAAAACUGCAGGCGAUGCCGUUCGUGGGAUCGCCCCUGACACCGCCAUCGACGAGUGAAGGCGAUGCCCCGAACGCGCUAUCGAAGGUAUCCCAGAACACGCACGCAGCACGGCCUUUGCUUCCGAGUUUUGAGCGCGCUGCAGACCCGUCUAGCCGCGGUGCGAAUGAUGGUGAAAUGUAG